AAGUGAAAAUACCUUUUGGAAACAAAGAUCUUGAUGCAAUCUUUUCUGUCCCAGAGAAGAAAUCAACAUAUGGAGUAAUUCUUACCCAUGGAGCUGGAGGAGACAUGAAUUUUCCUCAUUUAGUCUCUUUGGCAGCCUGUCUUGCAUCCCGUGGAGUUCUGUGCCUGCGGUUUACUUGUAAAGGCCUUAAUAUAGCUUACAGGACUAAGGCCUUCAAAACAGUUGUGGAAUACUUAAAGCUUUCGGAUGAUUAUAAACUUUCGGGUGUCUUCCUUGCAGGCCGUUCCAUGGGCUCACGAGCUGCUGCCUCUGUGAUCCGUCAGCUUAGCCAGGAGGAUGAUGAUGAUGACUUCAUUCAAGGUCUAAUAUGUUUAUCUUACCCAUUGCAUCGACCAAAACUUCAGUCCAAGCUCCGGGAUGAAGAUUUAUUAUUUAUCAGGUGUCCGGUGCUGUUUGUCUCGGGAUCAGCAGAUGAGAUGUGUGAAAAACAAUUGCUAGAAGGUGUAGCGAGCAAAAUGAAAGCCCCUAAAAAAAUCCAUUGGAUUGACAAAGCAAACCAUGGGAUGGCAGUCAAAGGACGAACAACAGAUGAUGUCAUGGAAGAAAUAAAUGCACAAGUUUUUUCUUGGCUGAGAGAGAACGUUGAACCGGGGCACAAAUGACUUGCAGAGCUCAAGCAGUAUCUUCAUUUACCUUUUCCUAAAUGUGGCAAAUUAGAGUUUGUUAUUUCUGAGAAGCUUAUUUUUAAAAUGGAUAGUUUCAGAGGUCUAAGUGUAAAUGGAAAUAAAACUUUUUUGUAUAAAU